UCCGUGAAAAGUUUCGACAAUGCGGGAAAGGAUUCAGGAUACUCUUGCUGCUCACCGCAAUGAACUUGUUUCUCUUCUCUCUCGGUAUGUUGCUCAGGGAAAAGCGAUUCUACAGUCUCAUCAGCUAAUAGACGAGCUGAACAAUAUCGUUAAAGAAGAUGAAGGCAUGCAAAAGCUCAAGGACAGUCCUUUUAACAAAGUUUUACAGUCCGCACAGGAAGCUAUUGUUCUACCACCUUUUGUGUGCAUUGCAAUUCGUCCAAGACCUGGGGUUUGGGAAUACGUACGUGUUAAUGUUUAUGAACUCAGUGUGGAUCAUUUGAGUGUGGCAGAGUACCUUAAAUUCAGAGAAGAACUUGUGGAAGGACAGAGAAAUGGAAAUUAUGUGCUCGAACUUGAUUUGGAGCCAUUUAAUGCUACGUUUCCAAGACCAACUCGGUCCUCUUCCAUUGGAAAUGGGGUUCAGUUUCUCAAUCGUCAUCUUUCUUCGAUUAUGUUUCGUAACAAAGAAAGUUUGACACCCUUGCUUGAUUUUCUUCGUGCACAUAAACAUGAUGGCCGUGCAAUGAUGUUAAACGAUCGGAUUCAAAACAUAUCCAGACUUCAAUCUGCUCUUGUAAGGGUAGAGGAACAUCUUUCUAAGCUCCCACUAGCAACACCAUAUUCUGAGUUUGAAUUUGACUUACAAGGAAUGGGAUUCGAGAGAGGUUGGGGUGACACGGCUCAGAGCGUGUCAGAAAUGGUCCAUUUGCUCUUGGAGAUUCUUCAAGCUCCUGACCCUUCAACUUUAGAAACAUUUCUUGGGAGAAUUCCUAUGGUUUUCAAUGUUGUAAUUGUGUCUCCACAUGGCUACUUUGGCCAAGCAAAUGUACUUGGUUUGCCAGACACAGGUGGACAGAUUGUUUAUAUACUUGAUCAAGUGCGUGCUUUGGAAAGUGAGAUGCUUCUUAGAAUACAAAAGCAAGGACUAGAUAUUGUUCCGAAAAUUCUCAUUGUUACUCGGCUCAUACCUGAUGCAAAAGAGACAACAUGCAACCAAAGAUUGGAAAAGAUCAGUGGAACAGAACAUACUUUCAUUCUAAGGGUGCCUUUUAGGACUGAGAAUGGGAUUUUGAAGAAGUGGAUUUCAAGGUUUGAUGUCUGGCCUUACUUGGAAACCUUUGCAGAGGAUGUAUCAAACGAAAUUUCUGCUGAGCUGCAAGGUGUUCCAGAUCUAGUCAUAGGGAACUAUAGUGAUGGAAACCUUGUUGCAACUUUGCUAUCUUAUAAGCUAGGAAUUACCCAGUGUAAUAUCGCUCAUGCAUUGGAGAAGACUAAGUAUCCUGAUUCAGAUAUCUAUUGGAAAAAGUACGAGGACAAGUACCAUUUUUCAAGUCAGUUUACUGCUGAUCUUAUUGCAAUGAACAAUGCUGAUUUUAUCAUUACCAGUACAUACCAAGAGAUUGCAGGAAGCCACAACAAUGUUGGACAGUAUGAAAGCCACACGGCUUUCACUCUUCCUGGACUUUAUAGAGUUGUUCAUGGCAUUGAUGUCUUCGAUCCCAAGUUCAACAUCGUCUCUCCAGGUGCAGACAUGGCGAUAUACUUUCCUUACUCAGAGAAGGAAAACAGACUCACUUCUUUACAUGGUUCCAUUGAACAACUCGUAUAUGGUGUUGAGCAGAACGAUGAGCAUGUUGGUUUCUUGAGUGACAAGACAAAGCCAAUCAUCUUUUCCAUGGCGAGACUUGACAGAGUGAAGAACUUAACAGGACUUGUAGAGUGCUAUGGUAAGAGCACCAAGCUAAGAGAGCUAGUAAAUCUUGUUGUGGUUGGAGGGUACAUAGAUGUGAACAAGUCCCGGGACAGAGAAGAAGUAGAUGAGAUAGAAAAGAUGCAUAGUCUCAUUGAACAAUACAAGUUGAAAGGUCAGUUCAGAUGGAUAUCAGCACAGAUGAACCGUGCUCGAAAUGGUGAACUCUAUCGCUACAUUGCAGACACCAGAGGUGCUUUUGUUCAGCCAGCGUUCUAUGAAGCUUUUGGUCUGACUGUUGUGGAGUCUAUGACAUGUGGUCUUCCCACAUUUGCAACAUGCAACGGUGGUCCAGCGGAGAUAAUUGAGCAUGGUGUUUCAGGGUUCCAUAUUGAUCCUUAUCAUACUGAUCAAAUGGCUGAGCUUUUGAUUGGCUUCUUUGAACGAUGCCAGAAGGAACCUGAACACUGGGACAGAAUCUCUGCUGCUGGCCUAAAACGAAUCUAUGAAAGGUACACUUGGAAGAUAUACUCAGAGAGACUUCUAACAUUGGCUGGGGUUUAUGGGUUUUGGAAAUAUGUUUCGAAGCUUGAGCGGCGAGAGACAAGGCGAUACUUAGAAAUGUUUUACACACUCAAGUUCAGAGAUUUGGUGAAGAACAUUCCAUUGGCAGUUGAUGAUCAGCAUUGAGCUAUAUAUGUAUGUGCACGUAGUCCAAAUAAGCCAUCGAUCUAAGCUUUGCAUUUUGUUGUCGUUUGUUGUUUAAAUUGUCGUACGUUGAACUAUAUAUGUUGUGUGUUUUGCGUUUUGUUUUGUUUUUGUUUUUUUUUUUGUUUUUUUGAGAGGGUGUUUUUGUUUUCAUUUGGUUGGUGGCAUUUACGUUGUAACUCGUAGUAGUCGGUGUGUUUGACUUAUCGUCAUUUUUAUACUUUCCUCUAAAGACAUGUCUUCCUGCAUAAUAUGUUUAAUUAAGCUAAGAAAUUAGAGCCUAUGAAUUAUAAUUAACAAGGACUUAGCUCGAGUAAAAAUGAAAUGACACGUCACAAUUGAAACCACAAAUUUAGGUUAUGAAAAAUGGAGGUUUUGAAUAGCUAUUUCAAUAGAUUUCUCUCUCAAUCAGUGGCUUUAAAGCAGUGGAGCAAAUUUAUCGAACAGAGAGAAUGCUCAGAUAAAAGCUCUAGAGCAGCACUGUGUUGAGAAAUAGAA